AUGCAUCAUCAGCCAAAAACGAAGAUGAAAACCACAUUUCUGAGCCACCACCAACUCAACUGGUUUGUGAAAUUCUUCAUCUUGACUUUGGCUGUUAUUGGCUGCGUGUCCGCCGAAUCGGGCUACAACUACAAUGCCCCAGUGGCCGCCCCCGCCCCCGUGAGGUCCUACUCGGCUCCCCAGGUGCACCAUCAGCCCGCCGCCUCUGCUCCUGCUCCGGUCAGGACCUACGUGCCCCCAGCACCCGCUGCUUCCGCCCCUGUGCAGAGCUUCGCCCCCGCCCCCGCUCCCGCUCCCGCUCCAGUUUUCCACGCCGCCGAGUCUGCUCCCGCUCCAGUGAGGACCUACGUGCCACCUGCUCCUCAGGUGCACCACCAUGCCGCCGCCUCUGCUCCCGCUCCCGUCCAAUCCUUUGCCCCCGCCCCAGCUCCCGCUCCCGCCCCCGUGCAGUCCUUCGCCCCCGCCCCCGCUCCCGCCUUCGAGGCCGCCGGACCUGUCUUCGAGGCCGCCGCCUCCGCCCCCGCUCCCUCCCGCUCGGGAUACGACUACAGCCAGCCCGCCGCCAGCCAGCAGGGAUACAAGUACAAGACCGUCCGCCGUCGCGUGUUCAAGCACCGCGCUUAA